UAACAUUUUGUUGAAUAACUCGUCAGCCAGUGAUAGGAAAAGGAUAAAACAAAAACUAAAAAGGAUAAAACUAACAUGGCCUCUUCUCACGACUUCUCAACCUUGAGUUGGGAUGAAGUUCUUUCCAAACUUCGCGAAGUUGAAGACCUUUGCGCUAAGUGCGCCCUUAAACAAGAAACUCUUUUUGCUUGUUACAACUCUCUUCCUGAUAACUCUUCCGCCAAGUCACUUGCUUACCUCGCUUUUGGCCCCCUCCGCCUUCUAGACGACUCUCUUUCUGAACAAAAACGCCUUUUACACUUGCGUUUGGACUCUCUUUCGUCUACUGCGGAUUCAGAAAAGGAUUUCGCUAUCCCCCCUGUUGACGAUCAUCUAUCACAUGAUGAUCCAAUGAAUGAUGAUCCACCUCCUCUUCCAUUAGCUAUUUGGGCUUCUAAACACGAGGCUGAUCCUAAUAGUAUCUUAGAUUUAUGCACCCCUUCUACACGACGCACCAAUCAUUUACGCCCUUCACGGCGUAUUCCUAGAUUUCUUUGUAAACGCGUAUCCUCUAUGAUUUCCCCUGCAUCUUUUAAACGCGCACAGAAAAUUAAGACAAAAUUGUCUUUUACGCGUCUGGUUUUAUCCCCUUCUACAAUACGUUUACUGGUUCCACCUUUAUUACGUUCUUCCGAACCUAAAAGUUCCUUUCAAGAUGAUCUCCCGGACUCCUCUUUCAUUACUCCCCAAAUUUCAGCUCUAGUAGAUACUGUUGAGUAUGACAAUAAUGUUCCUUCUCCGGCCCUUUCUUUAAAUAGUACUCCUGCGGAAAUUUUUCCUGCAACUUCUGCUUCAGCCCUCCCUCUUGAUCACACACGGUGUUCAUCUUACAUUUUUACAAUACGUACCAUUCUGGAUGGACGGAUACGUCCUGUUCGAAAUGUUGGCUCUAACCGUUUAUAUUCUAUUCGACGAGGCAACUGUUACUUCCUUUUGGACCCCACUCCUGAUUCGGAUAUUUGUUAUUCGAUUCAUACCAAUUCUCCUCUUCUUUCAUCUACUGAUCCAUUUCAAUUUACAUCUGAUCGUCCUUCUCCUAACUUAAAAUUUAUCUUAUCCAAAUUUUUAACCUUUUUCUUUUAUCGACAAAACCGUAUUCCCUCUCAUGCUCGACGAAAAUAUUUCAAUAGGUUACGCCAGCUUUUAUUAACACAACGUGUUACCUCUCUUGCUCGUUGGUCAUCUUCUCAUCGUAAUAAUAGACGUACUCGUACUUUUAUUCAAUUUCGAUAUCAUCAAUCUUGCUUUUACCUUGGCCUUUAUUUUGGUUGUCCGUUUUGCAAGACUCCUGCUGCCUAUGUUAUGUCUCAAUUUCGUCAUGCUUGUCAUCUUCAUGACAAACAACUUGUUCAUACACCUCCCCCUCCUACUUCUCCUCCUUUCACUUUACCUUGUAACCGUGUGUCUAAACGACACGCUGAUGGUUUUUAUAAAGAUGUAACUUCCCGACGUCUAGGACUUUCUUACCGCAAAUCUUAUGCUUUUCAUCAUCUUCUUGAAGACAAUAAUGGUUCACUUUCUGCACGAACUCUUGUCUCAUAUUCUGCUCACACUUCCAUCUCCCACCCUACGAAGAAACAACUUGCUCGUCAAGCACGCCAUAAAGACCUUUUAUUAGACCGGAGUAAAUUUUCACGACAUGUUGUUCACCCCGAUCUUCUCGACUCUUCUAUGUGGAUGGCCACUAAGGAUCCUGCUAUAGUCAUUCCUCCUACCUCCUAUAACUUGACUAUGUCUACUACUGAUUACUCUAUUGUCCAGAAUAUAUGUAAUCUUGUAUCCUCGCGUCCUGAUGUUUCCUUCUGUUUGAAAAAACGUUCACAUCAGUCUUCUGUUGCGUUCGUAUCUUCUAAAUUUACGGGUUCUAUCCAAAAAGUGGUUUUGAAUCCCUCCUCUGUAGUUGCAAAUCAUUUUAUUACUGACAAACCCACCUCAGGUCCUUUUGUUGGUCCAAAUUGUCCUGUUAUUGAUUAUCAAGAUUUUAAAACUCUUGGCUUUAGUCGUUUUAUUAUUGAUAUGGUUCGAAGGAUACUCUCGAAUAGUGCUUCCAUUUAUGUACCUUCUCACAAUUUCCUUUGGUUAAUAAUUUCCAAGCACAACACUUCCUCAGUAUCAAAGAAAUAUCUUCGAGAUGCCAUCCAAUCUGUUAUCACCAAAUCGGCCUCCUCUUCGACAUUUUCACAAUUUUGGAAUAGUGAUACACGGUUUUCUUUCAAACUAGGUCGUGUUAAACCUUGUGAUAUCUUAUCGUUAUUGGACAUUUGUGCACCUUGGUUUGAUUCACAUCCUUACCCUGCUCCUUCUGAUUUUCGAUCACAGUGGAUAACAAAAAGAAAGAUAACAAGUCUAACAAAGAUACUACUUCUAAACGUCCUGCCUCUAGCUCUCCAGAAGGCAAUGUUUCUGGUCAAGGUCCCUCUAUAUCUGGCCCUUCAAAUACUCCACCUUCGACCACCUCUACUAAUAAACGUACCAGAGUCAGUGCUGAUGACUCUGUCAUGGAUGUUGAUAAACCUCUCACGCCUUCUGGCCCUGUUGAGACAACUUCCGCUGAGACACCUUUUCAACCUAUUACCUCCUCUCUUGACGCUUCUCUACAUGCACCUGCUCAUAACAACGAUAAAGGCAAAAGCCCAGAAAUUACUCCCGCAGUUUCCUUUCCCGAACGUGCUGGUUCCCCGGACGCGUCCUAAGCUGCAGUACAAUCUCAACCUACACUUUUCUACGCUUCGGCCGCUCCUAAUGACGUCGAAGGCUUUUGGAAAUACUUCGCUUCGAACCGCGACGCGUGUGACGCGGUUGAUCGACAACUUUCCUUGUUCUCCUCUUAUGGUAGUCGUGCCACGUGUAGUGAAUCCAACGAUUUGAAGAGGAUCAUCGUACACUUCUGAAAAAAGGAUGAUCUUGACAAAGCCAUAG